AUGCACCGGCGUCAUCAGAGUCGUCAGUGGCGUAGCCUGUUAGUGCCAGGCAGCGUCACCGCCCCCCAGCAUGACCGACACCACUUCGACCUCGCUGCUGGUGCGCCAGAGUCACAACCAGUUGAAGACGGCAAAGAUUACUCGGGUGACGAGCGGCAUCGAGCUACACCAACGGUGGACCAGCAUAGCUAA